AGAAAUCCACACACCUUUGCCUAAUAAGUUAUUAUUGAACCAACUAAAUUCUUAGACUUUCGGCUUUACUUUUAAGUGUUGAGAAGUUUUUCUCUGCUUUUUUCCUUAAAAAUCAAUGUAUUUUUCCAGUCAAUAAAUAGUAUCUAGUACCUCCAAGGCUAAAACCGUACAAUCAUGAGUUACCGAGGAGGCAAUAUUGAUGAUUAUCUCUUGAGCUGUCAGUUGCUUCAGAGGUCCUGUAAAAGCACUGAUGAGUUGAUUCGAAGGAAUUCCGAUCUAGAAGACAGCCUCAAGCUCAUGACUCCGACAUUAGCCAGGAAUUCGGCUGCCAGCAUAGUGGAGGAGGUAACCCAGGACGUAAAACUUAAAAUGGAUCGGAUAAAAGAGGAACUGAAUGAAAGAGAGAAAUUUAUUGUGUCCAUGAAAGAGCAGUUACAUUUAGAAGUACCAAAACCAGAUCCUGAUAGGCCCAACAACCGCCUACGGCAAAAGUACAAGGAAGCUCUUAGGAAGGAUGAAAAACUCGAGGCCGAGGUCCAACGAUCCCUAACUGAAGUCAAUGUCGACAUGGAGAAGCAUGCAGCUCUGCUCAAACAAUUGCACAGCACCCAAGUAAUUGAGUAUCUGUUGAUGCAGGACCAAAUCAAGGAAAGCUUUAAAAGGGAUAUGGAUAAACUCAUGAAAAAGUUCGAUGCAGAAAUGACUCGAUUCAGGAAAGAUAACUCCGAGGUUCUGGCUCACAAGCAGGUCAAGGAGAAAAACGAUUCCUCCUCAAACUCCAGCACUCACCAGCCUUAGACUCUGAAAAUUUCUAUAUGAAUUAUACAUAUAUUUUAAUUUUAACAGAAGAAGCCUCUUUGAGCUAAGGAUAACAGAAUCAUUGUACCAUGAUUGAUUUAAACUUAAAUUAUCUUGUUUUAAAUUAAACUGUUAAAAUGUGAAUUAAAAAAAAUUAUAUUAAAAUUUUCAAACCA